AUGAACUUCUUUAAACGAAAACGAGAUCCCAAUGAUCAAGAACAGAUUGAUGCAGAAAGAGGAAGGGACACAAAGAAACCCAGAAAUAUUGUAUCACUGAUCAAGAAAGCUGGGGAUAGUGUAAAACAAAAAAUAACUGUUGCCUUUAAGGCACUUACAACACGCACCUACAGACAUGAUGUGAAGUCAUUUCUUUUUACAACACCUGCUGGCCCAUUGCGGUCUUCGAGGUACAUAAUGACCCCCAGUCAACCAUUUAGUGCUGCAAAGUCUUCUCUUGAAUGGCGGUAGGUCUUCUAGAUGUUUGUGAUUUGUGAUCACUCUCGUAGAGCUUAAAUUCUUGUUUCUUUCAGCCAGCUCUAGCAUGAUACACUGAGAAAGGGAGUGAUCAAAUGAGCACAAUUUUAUACUUUUAUUCUGAUGGCCUAGCUUGAGUAUUAAUACUGCAACUUAGGAAAUCCCUUCUCUUUCAUGUAACACUGUACCUUAAUUUAGUUGGCCAGAAAAUGGUUUCCCAUUAAGAUAAACCAUCUUCAUUUAGCCUGUUUCACCAAACUGACUCUGGAUCAAGUCAUAGCUAGUGCUUGGUGUCAAUUUUCUCUCUUACAUUAAGUGAUGGGGAGGGGGGAAGUUUUCUUGUCUGAGGGAAAACCAAUAUUCCCAGUUGAAUCAUGUUCUGGAAAGUGGGAUUAACUCGAUAGUUAACUAUCAGUUGAUGACUUCAAUGUAAUAGUGGUAGACACAAUACCUUACAUGCAGUGGUUUGCACUUGACUCUGGAUGUUUGUGUGCAGUAGACACUAGAUGCUCUUUCAGUGUUUGUAUCCUCUCAGCAGUGUAAACAGGUUUUUAGUAGCCUGUUCAUAAGGCUGGAGCUACACAUACAUAGAGUUUGAAGAAGUACCAAACCUUCUAUGUUACUUUGUAGAACAUGGGUAACUGAGCAUAAAAACUUGAUAUUCAGAAUGCCCAUGAAGUUGAUAUUUUUAUUAACAAUAAUUUUAUGACUGGAUCCUAUGUAUUUCACUUUGAAUCCUGCAGGAACCACUCUUACUAUGUUUUAGACAGCACCAUCAAUGUGACAGAGAGCCAUCAUCAUGAGUUUAAAACUGGUGGAGGAAGCUACCCCAUUACAAUAUUACCAGAGGUAAAAUUGAGAACAAAUAUUUAAGUAAAAAUAUAAAUUUUGAAUGGGGUCUGAGUGCAUUUCAGCUGCCAAAAUUGUGUUUCUGAAACUCUCUUGUCCUUCCCCUCUUCCUGUUUGUUUUGAUGAUUUUUUUUCCUUUAUUAACUUACAGCAUAUACAAAAGUACGGCAGUGCUUUUUUGAACACAGAUGGAGGUGUCCUCAUUGCAGGAGUCCUUGACAAUGGUAAGAGACACAUGUCACUUGUGGAAGAAGGAAAACAGUAAUUGAAAGGAAAGCAUGUGGGAAAGUGUCUAUAUAAAGUGGCUGCAGUUAUAUGUAUUCAAUUAAAAGAAUUUACUUUUAUAUACAAUAUGUAUAUUAUAUUAGAUGCUGUGUAAACUGGGUUUUUUGAUAGUUAUAUAUGAUUGUCAUCUAAUUUAUACUGGUAUGUUAUGGCAGAAAUUUUCUGUUAGGACUAGCAGGCUCAUCCAGAAAGCUGGCUUUGAAACCUGGUAUUUGCUCUACCAAGUUCAAUCCCUCCCAUUCUGUGAACAUUAUUUUAUUUGUGAACACCUGUGGUUUCCAUCUUUAUCAGGUGCUGUUCGUGGUGUUUAUUGCUCACCAAGAAUGCAAACUAACAUCAGGAAUACUGUCAGCCAAGAAUUUGAGAAGUUUAUUCCCUAUAUGGAUCAUUCUUUAUACAAGUAACUAGUUAUUAGUACCAGACAAAUAAGUAAUAUAAAUGUUUACAUGCGACAAAAGUGAAAGGUUGACAUUAGUACUAUCCAUCGUUCAUUUUCUCAGUUGUAAUAAUUCAGGAUUAAGAAUGAAUAUAUAUGAUUAAUUAUCUUUGAAUAAAUUAAGUCAGGGAACUAUCACGAAUAGGAAUACAUGUUUUGAUGUUAUUAAAGUUUGCAUGUGAACUUAAUCACAACAUACAUGGGCAGAACAUUUGACUUCUUUUUAUUAUAAUUAUAUUUAAUAUUUAUUAUUCUCACCAAAAUCACAUUUGAUGCUGGGCUGACCCUUCUUUGUUUAUCCUUGUUACAAUGCAGUGGUUUGGAAAAUGUUCAACAUACAUGAUAUCAGUCAUAGGAAAGCCAAAAAAGGGUGGUCAUUUUCAAUGAGUUGCACCUAUACAUCACAGGAAGAUCUCUAUAUCUCUAUUGCUCAUGGAGAGAUCAAGUGAUUAAUAUAAUAUGGGAAUCUUAAAAAAACGUCAACAGUUUCAUGAAGGUUAAGAACAAUUCAAGGAUGGUUUGGAUGGACAUGGUGCAUAGGACUGUGUACAUGCUAGUAAGAAAUGUAAAAUAUUUAAGAGGUACCUUGAUUUUUUAAGAUGUACCCUUGGAAAAACUGUGGAAUUACUAGAAGCAAUUUAAAAUAUUUUCUGAAAUAUUUUUGCAUGUAGUUGUGAGCUGAAAAUGUCAAAAACUGUCAUCAAAAUUAUUUUAAAUUUGAAAUAAACCCAAUUGCACAAAAUAAUGUAUAUACUAGGUACUGAUGUGGAUAAUUUGAAACCUUCCUUAAAUCUUUGCCUAGGAUAAAAUUUGUUCCUGUAAUUUAUCAGCCAACACCACGAGAAAGACGAGAGGGACGGUAUAUCUACGUAGCAGAUGUCUUUGUGAUAGAGAUCUCUGUGAAGGCUGGUGUUAAAGGUGAAUUGUAUGAGACCAGAAAAAACCAGGUAAAAUAGGAGACAAGUGGCAUUGAUACUGUUUUCAAUAUUAUCACAAGUGCUAAAAAUUGAAUGUAACUGUAUUUUGGCUUGUUUUCAUCAAAGACUAAGUGGAAAUGACCAAUUGCAUCUGCCCUGAGCCAAAGUUAACAUGUUGGAUGCAUCAGGAUGGAAAUAAAUGGAGUUGUUCAUAUUUCCCUAAAAUUUUCCCUAAACCCUUUAACUCCCAGAAACUGAUUGUUAAUUCUCCCCUCUAGCUGCUACACAUUUCCUUGUAAUUUAGUUGCAAGAACUUGGUGUUAGAUCAAGAAAACAAAUUCUACCUGAUACAUUUGAAUAUUCUCAUUACCAGUUUGCUAAAUAGUGGACGGAUAUUGUAGAGAGAAGUUACAUGAAUCACUUCUGGGAGUUAAAGGGUUAAAUGGGUGCUUUAAAAACUGCCAUGACUAUUUAUGAUGAUGAUAUGAUUUUGGAUAUUAAGACAUUGCCAUAAAUAAGACAUAAUAAUUCUGAAAUGUUCCACAAAAUAAAGACAUUCAUCAUAAAUGACAGGCCUUAGUUUUUUUUUUCUUUUACAUUUACAUAAAUAAGCCUUCCUGUCUUCGAACAACAUCCUCCUCUGACCCCAAAUUCCUCUUCUUUUCCCCCCUCCCCCUCCUCAGGCAAUAAAUAUGGACUGGUCCCUUAGUGGAAGUUAAAAAGGCUAAAAUUGGUUGAGGUCGCCCCAAGAGGUGAUCCUCUCAGCAGUAGAAACAAGAUUAUCCAUUAUCUUGUGAUGAAAAAGCAGAAGGAAAGACAGUGACAAUCAUACAUCAUACAUUCUACAUCAAAUUUUACACUUGCCAACUCUGUUGAUUUUUUAACUUACAGGUGUUCAUUCGCCGUGAAAGCAGUGUGCAAGGACCACUGAACCCUCUACAGAUCAAGGACAUUGUAAUAUCCAAAUAUCGUGAAGUGAGUUGAUUGUUGUAAAUGUACUUGUUAAUCCUUGGGCCUCUUCCUGUGAAUUUUAACUAAUAACCUUUGUCAUGUUAAAACUUUAAGAUCAGAACUACUCCCAGAUUGGGGAAUGAGAUCUGGUGUUUCUUGUCUUCCUAAUUAAAAUUUCCUUUAUUUUCUUAAGCUCUUACCAUGUGACUGUGCAGGACACCUAGCUAAUCUUGAAGAGGACAUACACUGAAACCUCAGCGCCCCCCCUCCCUUCCCCUUCCAAAAAAAAAAACUCCAUCACAAGCUAGAAGAGAGUGUGCACACCCAGAAAAGUCACACCUAACUAGAAUAAGAAAAGGGAAACACCUUUUGUUUGUCGUAAUGUUAGAUGUUUACCCACAGGAUUGGAAAAUCAACUUGAGAUCAAGAUUGAUAGCGCCUAUAAUAUUGGAUGCCUGCAUGCAUAAAAUAGAUAAAGGAAAGUAUCUUGAAUAAGCCAUGCCAAUUGAAUCAACUAAAAUAGAAACACAGCUUCCAAAUACCCAAGGGAAGGCUGAAAUCAGACCAAUGAGGUUGUGGGCAGAAUACCCUGGGAAAUUACACUUGCCUGCAUACAAAGUGCAGUUUCAGACCAGUUGAGCCCCAUGACUUUUUUUCUUGUGCAUCAAUUUUCAAGUCCAUCAAUGGAGUUCCGUAAGCAGAAGUGACUUUUUGCCAUCCAAAGUAAGCUAGUAAAAAUGUUUAUAGUUUCCAGUUAAACUCUGCUGAAAACUAUGAGAAUAUGGAUGAUGUCAUUUUGCUCAGGAAAUAAAUUUCUUUUCCAGGUUAUUGAGCUGAGAAGGAUGGAAGCUGCCUUUGCUAAAAAUCAAGAGCCAACUAGUAAACAAAAUUUCCGACAGAAUAGAAAUGUUAUUGUGGUUUCUCCUUAAUGUUGUGGAUUGAAAUGGAGAUUGAAAGAAGCUAUGUUAAUUGUUUAUUGUACAUACUACAGAAAAAGUUUAGUUAAAGAAUUACUAUCUCUGGUAUAUUGAAGGUUAAAGUUUGGUAUUAUCAAAAGAAAACAUAAUUACUGAAUGCCAGUGUAACAACUUUAUU